UAAAGGCGUGUUGUUGUUUUUUUUUUGGCGUAUCGAGUGUUUUUAUUUAACACGACGACCUGUUUGCCAAAAUGGCAACUUUUGGGGAUCUUAAUCUUAAUUUUAGUUUUAAAGAAAUGAACCCGACCAGCCAGCCGGGCGGAGUCGGUCUCCCGGGCGGUUCCUCGACUGUGGACCUCGUAGAUAACAAACUCGUGUGUGUUGAAUAUCCAGCGGUCGUCGCCGAUGUGGACAAAAUGCUGGAUACGGUAGGAGGCGAAGAAGGAGUGUCCAAGACCUAUGGCGAUCCCAACAGAAGGCUUGAGCUGCGUUUUCGAUCUCAGGACCCUUUCUGUCACUCUUUGUGUGGCAACCGCUUCCCAUCCAGCAACCUCUUACUUAAAAUCCGGAGGCGGGUGCGCAGGAAGGACCCUGAGGAUGCCCAGAUCCGGAUAGAGAUACUUGGUGUCAUUGGAACAACAUACAAAUUUCAAGGUAUGGCGGACUUUCAGUACCUUGCUGUGCAUUCAGAAGGCGGCGCGCAAAUGUCCCUGUAUGACAAAAUCAUCCUGCACAAAGCGGAGAACCAACAGUACUUCGAGCAGCCCUUGCCCAUAUUCCUUCCCCCACCCAUUUUCUCUCGUCUCGAUAGUCCUGUGGAUUACUUCUACCGCCCUGACAUCCAUCACAACGUAGUUCCCAUCACUAAGGAGAAUUUUAUCAGCUUGAAUCGGGCCCGCCGACCCCACAACGCUGUUUUUGUCAACUUCACUGAUCCCUCUGUACCUUCCGAGUGCCUGGAGGCUGCGAGGACCAACUGGCAAAGGGUCUGUAUUAAAGAGUGGGACAGAUACGCUGAAGAAGAAAUGAAAAAGAUGUUUGAGAGCCGGCCCAUCUGGUCGCGAAAUGCAGUCAAGGCCAACUUGGACAUCCACCCCGAGAAGCUGAAACUGCUGCUGCCCCUCUGCGCAUACUACAUGGUGACAGGACCCUGGAGAAGUCUGUGGGUGAGGUUUGGUUAUGACCCUCGAAAAAACCCCGACUCCAAGAAAUACCAGACGCUGGACUUCAGAAUCCGAUGCAGUGCUAAGCAUGGAUACUCACUAAGCGACAUGCCGGUGAAGGCCAAGAGGAGCUCCCUCGACUACACCCUGCCCAACACGUUCAACAAAACAGUGCCCCAACCAGCUAGCGUGGUGGAGCUUCAAGCGCAGGACGGUCCCAGCACCAGUCAGCAGCCCUCGCAGUUUGGGUUCCAACUAAAGGAGUCAUCUUACAUCUUCAGAGAGGGGAUGCUGCCCCCACACAGACAGAUGUUCUACCAGCUCUGUGACCUGCAUGUAGACCGUAUAAGGCAAGUGAUUCAUCGUAAUGAUGGCGAAGAGGUGGACUGUGAUGAGAAGGACGGCUGGUGUCUCCCCCACACCACUGAUGUCCUGAGGGACAUCAUAUCGGCCUUGAUCAAGAAGAUCAUCCGAGCCCAGCGACCAAAACGACAGCUAUAUCAUGUGCAACGCAGACGUGCCGGCCUAUCUGUAAGACAAACAAAAGUGCAACAACCGGUGGAGGAAGAAGAUGAUGAGGAUUACAACAAUGGCGAAGAUGUAGAGGAAGAUGUGGAGGAUGAAUUCCAGCUGUCAGAGGGAAGCGAAAAUGAGAUGGAGUCAGAGAUGUUGGAUUACAUGUGAAAAUGGACAUCGGCAUAUAAAUCCAUCCAUUAUAUUUUUUUAAUUUUGUUGGAGUGUCAUUUCGAAAUGUUAAUAAACUGUGCUUUGAGCUGCUAAAACGUUAAUAGGUUGUUCUAGUCAGUAUGUUGUUUCAGUUCAAUGUGGUCUGAGCAAAUAUGAUGAGGGUGGCCGCUGCGACCUCCCUCAAAAUCACAGACUGACACAUUUUCACACUCUACUUUGUCCAACAUGACACGAUCCCAUCAGAGGAUCAGUUUCUUUGAGUUCAUGUAACUAAUUGGGUUAAUCGCGUAAAAAUUAAGAAUCUUUUUGUUCAAGACCAACAUGGCACGAAUGCAGCAUGAUGGUGACGUUCAAAACCGAAGUCCAGUCGCGUGAGUGAUUUUUGAUAACGCUGGUGUGAACUACUUGAUAAUGGAUAGCAUGCAUUUUUUUUUUACAGAGGGUGACCCCAUUGACAACUGAAUCUCAAUGCAGUGUGACUGUUGUAUGAAUAAAUGAAU